AUGCCAACUGUACCGCCAAUGGAAGACACUCGUCCUUCAUCGAGGGAGAGCAGUCAGAGGGAAGGUUCUAGUAGACCUGCUGCUCCUGCUGGUCAAGUGGACAAGAGACCAAGCGACACUUCAUCAAACGGAAACGGCAAUGGGAAAGACAAGGGAUGGGUUGAAGGAGUAGACUAUGCUUAUGAAUAUGUACCAGUGACUCAGAGGCGUCAAGGUCGAAAAAAUAUGUGA